AUGUUUAUUAUUUUGAUAUGUUUUGUAUUUAUUUGUAAUAAGGAUUUUGUAAAUAGUGUAGUUAUAAAUGACAUGACAACCAGUUCCUUUGGAGAUAACAAUGAAGGACUAAUUGCAGCUUUUGGAGAUUUUAAUUCAGACGAAUUGACUGACGCUUUUAUAAUUAAUGGUUCAAGUGUGCAGGUACUUCUUGCUCAUGACAAAGAACCAUUUCUGCGUCCAUCACUGUAUUCAUGUAACUUUGAUAAUUUGAAUAUAACCAGCAUUGUACCUGGUGACUUUGAUGGAGAUGCUUACAUGGACAUACUUUUGACUACACAAAUUCAAAACAUUUCAUCUAACAUUCAAGAAGUAAGGAUUUUAUGGGGUGGUAUGUCUACACUUAAUUGUUCUGAUGCUGACCUAAUAAAGGCCAUAAGUAUUGGCCAGCCAUUAGUAUUGGAUUAUAAUCGGGAUAUGAUUUUAGAUUUAUUUGGAAUAAAUUCUCAAAAUCAAAGAGUAUUUUGGGUGUUUGAUAAAUCUAGGUUAACUCCAGAAGAAGUUCCCAUGAUUGGAGAUAGCUUUAAAAAAAUUAAGCUUCCCCAUUCCCAUUCAUUUCUAGAUGUUAAUGAUGACAAUGCUGCAGAUCUUUUAGUCACAACUGAAUUAGAUGUAGAAAUCUGGUUGAAUGAAGAGAUAAGUGGAUUCAAAUAUAAUAAUAGCAUUGACUUGCUUGUUGGACAUCCAACAAUAUAUGGCCAGGCAUUGUUUAUUGAUGUGGCCCUUUCAGGACAAUUCUUUUUAGUUAUACCUGUUUGCUAUGAUUUAGACUGCAUCAACAGCACAAUUCUAAUUUACGACAAUGAACAGUGGCAUGAUCUUCAAGUAGAUUUUAAUGAUGGAAAGGGCACUUUGUGGAGGUUUGUACCUCCUAGAAAUGAGACUUACCUUGACACUAUUACUAUGCGCAGUGGAGACUAUAAUAUGGAUGGAUAUCCUGAUAUUUUAAUGACUCUAAGUCCUGUUAAUGGUAAAGACACAAGAGCCUUUCUUUUGCAUAAUGUAGUAUGUAAUAAAGAGGGUUGCAAAUUUCAUAGAACUUUUGAGGUUCAAUGGGAGAGAUUCAGUACAUUUGGGAACAAUGUAGUAAUGGCUACAUUUUAUGAUUUUUAUAUGGAUGGUGUCCUUGAUGUUAUUUAUGUUCAAAGAAAUAUGACUACAGGGAAACAUUUUCUAAGAGCUUUUAGAAAUGAAUUAGAAUAUGAUACAAAUUUUAUAAAAGUAAUAGUUGUUACUGGUCUUAGCAAUAAGAAAAUACCUACUAUUAAUGGAACUUUGAUCACCAGAAAGGUGACUUUUGGCACAAAUUUACCAGGGCCUAAGAUUGGAUACAAUACUUGGUCACAGGAAGGCAAUUAUCGGACUGGUGUAUGUGCACAACUUCCACAAUCUGCAUAUUUUGCUUUACAACUACCAUAUUCUAUUUUCGGCCUAGAUCGGACUCCAAAUUUUGUUGAUACAUUAACAGUUGGUCUCUUAGGUUUUUCGAAAAGCUGGACUCAAAUUAUACCAAAUUCUCAGAUAGUUUUGAUACCCGCUCCUCCAAGUGACCCUUCCCAAUGGCGUGCCCAACUUUUUGUAACACCAAGUAAAGUUAUUCUUAAAAGUGUAUUUGUCCUAACCGCUAUUAUUAUUGUAAUAAUUGGAUGUGUUCUUUACUUGCAUUGGAAAGAGAGGAAUGACCGUCAAGAUAUUAUAGAAAUUGAUGAAAAAACAUAUGUUAAAAUUUAG